UAAAGAUCUGCAGAGGGGAGUUGGACGAAAACGACAAGAAAAUCUACGAAAAUUACAUGACAAAUCAUUUUUGAAAGGUUAUGAACUCUUCUAUUGAAAAGAUUUGUGUCAGCAGUGUCGAUGAUGGACCUCAACAUGGAGUGAAGCUUCAGAUUUAGAGCCUCAGCUGUUAAACAAUGACUAGUAAAAUUAGCUAACAUUGGGUGAUAACAAUCAAUAGCAAUUUAUUCGUUGCUUUGAUUUGAAUUGAAAGUGGAAAACACUGAAGAUGGCAGCUAACCAACCCAAAUCCCAAAGUCAGGGACCUGCACUUCCUCCAACCAUUCUCAUCGUACCCAAAGUCAGUAUACAACAGGAUAAGAUGGCUACUGCUACUGCCCAGUCUGAGGGAUCAUCAUCCAGUGUGACAACAUCACCACAUACAGGAAAUGCACACCAGCCGCAGCAGGUUUUGGUGAAUCUACCCUUGCAGCAGUCGCAGCAGCUCACCCAGAACCCAAGUAUCUCUUUGGGGAAUAACAUCACUCUGACAGUGCAACCCGCCCUACAAGGAGGAACGGUGUCACAGAUUGGUGGCACCCAGUUUAAACUUGAAGGCACGCCAUCAUCUGUCCAUUCAAACAAGGUGGGGGCAUUCCUCAAGCCCCCUGUGAAACUACCCAUUCAGGUUCCACAACGGGUGUAUAAGAGGUCCGUUGCAGCUAUACAGAUGCAGCAACUGAAACAGAUUGAGAAUCAGGCUAAAACAGGUGGGGGUACUCAGCAACCAAGAAUGCCGAGCCAACCACCAAGUCAGUUUUCUGCUGUACUUCUGAAACCAAAGCAGGUACAGGGGAGUGUAACGAGCAGCUUGGCAAGUCCCACGCAGAGCCAGGUGGUAACUACUGCAGGUAAACCCAGUACUGGCAGUCCAACAUCAACUGCAAAGAGCCAGCCAGUUCUUGUCCAAACUGCAAUGUCGCCAAAGAUAAUAGUCCAAGCUGCACCAACAGGAACACAACAGCAAGGAGUCCCAGCCAAGUCUGUUCUUUUCUCUGGUGGGCAGAGGUUUACAAUAGUACCCAACACACAAGGUGGCUUGAUAUCUCCAACAGGUGUUGCUCACCAACCGACUUCUCUCGCUGCAACAAUAACAAGGACUUCAGCUCCGACCGUUGCUCAAUUGGCAAAGCAACAGCGGAUGCAGAAAAUGGCCCUGGCUGUAGUACAACAACAGCAGCAGCAGCAAUUAGUAUCAAGUGGUCAAAGGCCAAUUGCCCUCAAGCAAGCAACUGGCGGCCCUGUUGCUAUUUCUCCUGGGGUUACACUCACACAAACGCAGCUUCAGGCCAUGGUGACUUCUACUUCCACUGCACCCAUGGGUCAGUUUCAGUUCACCCCGAGGAUGCCCCUCACCAUCACGACCCAGGCACAGCAACUUCAACAGCAGCAGCUCCAGGGGCUCACUCCCAAGACUAUUCAAGGCAAAAUCACACUUGGCCAGGUCGGUGCAAUAUCAAACGUACACCACAUCGCCUCAACCACACCGUCAACAAACGCAACCAACAUGCCUGGAACAGUCACAAACACAUCGGGGAAUAUUAUGACCCAGCAGGGACCAUUAACUAUCAUUCCAAAACAAACUCUUGGCGGCACCGGUCAUUUUAUACUCUCAUCAACUGGUAUUCAUCAAGUGCCAACAAGUAUGCAGGGAGCGUACCUACAGCCAGGGACUGCACCUCUCAAUAACACUGUCCAUGCCAAGCUGAUCCAAACUCCUGUGCCUGGAGGGGUAUCUACGCAUAGUGGGCUUCCAACCAACAUCAUGUUGCAGGCUGUGCCACAAACAAGCCAGGCACAGCUGAAGGGAAGUAGCCCAGGAAGCCAAACUCCUCUGGUUACAGGCCACAGUUCCAUCCCCGCCUCUGUUGUUCAACCUCAACUGCUACAAACGUGCGGUGCACAGGCAACUAUCGGCUUGAUUCAUGUAAAUCUAUCCCAGCAGUCACAGCAGUCAUUGGCGACAGUCAACAGCCUCAAUCAUCCCAUCGUUCGGGCAACUAUUCAAGCCCCGCUACAGCCCUCUGCAGACGGCACUACUCAACCGAUGCUGACCUACAGGCCGCAGUUAGUGCAGGUGACGGGACUCCCCAAUCAGCCGUACUUUCAGGUCGUGGCACAGCCUCAGCCUCAGCCUCACCCUCAGGCCAUUCUACCCAUGACCUCAAAUACUCAGGUCACUCAGGCAGCAGCACCAAUGGCUACCAUACCAAUCGUCAUCGCUCCCCGUAUAGCGUCACCAAAACUCUGCCUGCCUCACCCAAUACUGACUCCAUUUGAAUCGCAACCUGCCGAGCCUCAAGUCAAGCCUGAUCCUGUCUCAAGUGUCGAUGUGGCAUUAAAGUAUAAGAUGCCUUAUCCACAAGCACCCAUCCCUCAUCGGAAACGGAAACACUCCGAGACGGAAGAUGUUGAUGAGGAGAAGAAGAAAACGGACAAAAAGGAAGAACCUCCAAAAAAGGAAGGUUCUGUCAAGAAAGAAGGAUCUGUCAAGAAAGAAGGUUCUGUCAAAGAGAAAGAAACAUCGGAAGAGGACAGCAUAGAGUUCAACUGGGAAGAUUAUCUGGAUAUCACAGGCUCUAAAGCUGCUCCUCACAGUGCCUUUAAACAUGUUGAAGCCAGUAUCCAGUCAGGCAUUGCCCCAGGAAUGAAGCUAGAGGUUCUAAACAAACACAGUCCCUUCAAGAGCUACUGGGUGGCCACCGUGGUGGCAGCAUGCAGCAAUCUACUCUCUCUAAGAUACGGUGGUUAUGAAAACGAGAGGUCUGGAGACUUCUGGGUUGACAUGACAACGGCUGAUAUACAUCCUAUCGGCUGGUGUGCAUUGAAUCAGCGUACUCUCAGGCCUCCUGAUGAUCUGUUGUUAAAGUUUCCAAAGAAGAAUUGGGAAGAGUUUUUGAUCAGCUUCAUGACUUGGGCCAAGAGUGUCCCUGAGCAUGUCCUCCACAUGCGCAAGGUGUCUAGUCCGACCCCGGUUGACAGAAUCAAGAAGGGCAUGCGAGUGGAGGUACUAGAUGAGCUAAACCCGCGACACGCAUGGAUCGCGGUCAUCAAGGAAACCUACGGUGGCAGGUUGAGGUUACGCUACGCCGCUGUAGAUGACGACGGAGACGACUUCUGGUUGUUCUACUUGUCUUGGAGGGUACAUCCAAUCGACUGGGCUAAAGAGAAACUAGUCUUUAUGAAACCUCCCCCGAUGGUGAGACGAAGGAACGCUAAUACCACAGAGGCUGGCUGGAAUACAAUACAUCAGUAUGCGUUGUCUGCUGCUCGCAGGGAAGCUGCAUUUCCUAAGGAAUUGUUCAAGGAUCAGCCAAAGAUUCGUUGUCACCGUUUUAAGAAAGGCAUGCGUCUUGAGGCCAUCAAUCCCAAGAUGCCCUCGCAGAUCUGUCCCGCUACGGUGUCAGAGUGGCUGAACGACAAGGCUUUCCUGGUUACCAUUGACAACCUGAUUGAUGACAAGGCCGGGCCGACAUUCAUGUGUCACGCUGACUCCGGUGGUAUCUUUCCUGUCAACUGGUGUGAAAAACAUGGUUAUGCACUUACUUCUCCCAAAGGGUAUGGAGGUAGUUACUUCUUUUGGAAUACUUAUCUGAAGGAAAGAAACGCUAAACCAGCACCGAGGGAACUGUUUAGAAUUUUCUCCCGAGACCAUGAGUUUCGUCCCAGCAUGAAGGUAGAAGCCGUCAACCCCUUUAGUCCCGCAGAGAUCUGUGUGGCCACCAUCACUAAAGUAGUCAACCGUCAUAUGUGGAUCCACUUUGACAACAGCAAGCUGCCGAACCUCGUAGUGGACUCGGAGUCCCACGACAUCUUCCCGGUGGGAUGGUGUGAGAGUAAUGGAUAUAUACUCAAGGCUCCCAAGAAACUCAUGGCAAGAAAGGCUAAAAAGGUUGCCAUCGUUUGGCCAGAGAAGCAUAGGCAACAGCCAACAAUUUCUCCACUGAGUCCAGGCAGGGAUUUAUAUCAGAAAAUCCAAAGGCUGCACAGGGAUGAAGACUCUGCAACAGGUCAUGGCACCGAUUGGACACCCAAGGUGUACUUCAACCACAAGUGUUUCUCGGGUCCCUUCCUCAGUAAAGGUCGCAUAGCGGAGCUGCCUAAGGCCGUUGGGCCAGGUAUCGUGGUGCUGGUCCUAAGAGAGGUCUUGUCGUUGCUGAUCAACGCUGCAUAUAAACCCCCUAGAGUGCUGAAGGAAUUGGAGAUGGAGAAUGAGGAAACGGCUGGUAUGAAUGGCCAUCUACAAGUCAUGAAAGCAAAAUACAAGGGUAAAAGCUAUCGUGCCUUGGUUGAGAUAUGCAAGACGUCAAGUGAACUGACAGAGUACAUAAGGACAACAUGCAUCAAACUAGAAUGCUGUCCCAAUCUUAUAUCCCUCAAGUGUGUUGCUGAUAAUGAAGAAUGUCAAGACGGCUGCACCAACCUAACCAAAACCAAAUACACAUACCAGUACGGCAAGAAGAAGAAAUUUCACCACAUUGGUAGACCACCGGGCAGGAAGACCACCACGGUUGUAAGGCCACUGCCCCCUCCACCUCCACCACGUAAGGGCAACAAAAGACGCAAGAAACGCAAGCCGUUUGUCCACCGCAAGAAACACAGCCUGCUGACUCAGGAAGAGGAGGAGCAGUUACAGAACGGUCAGGAUGGGGAGAGGGAGGCCAUGAAUGAUGGGGAGGACGCUAGGAGGCAGGACAGAGGAGGAAUGGUCAAGAAGAAGAAUCAAUCUCAGACGAUGGCCCAUGCACUGCUCCAAUCAGCCAAGAGGAAAAAGAUCCAUCCCAUCCCACCAAAGCUUGUCCUACCUCAUCGGGAGAGGGGAACCAAGAUGAAGACAUUCGCCGCCAUCUUGACAUCAAAUAGAGCCCAGAAGAAAGCUGCCAAAGAAAAGCCACCGGUCCAACCCGCUGUCAACCACGAAAAAGCCAAAACAAAAGCCUUUGUCACAAACAGCAAGCCAGAAGACCGCCUCCAUCUCACCUCCAACCCCCUGAAAUGGACCACUAGUGAGGUCGUCAAAUUCAUCAACAAAACAGACUGUGCAACAUUAGCAAGAAUAUUCGAAGAGCAGGAAAUAGACGGCCAGGCACUUCUUCUUCUUACUCUACCUACAGUGCAGGAAUGCAUGGACCUAAAACUGGGUCCAGCCAUCAAGCUUUGUCACCACAUAGAAAGGGUCAAAAUCGCAUUCUAUGAUCAAUUUGCCAAGUGAGACCAUACUUUGAGUAUUUCUGAAGUAAGACAGACAUCCCUUGUUUACAGGUACAAAUUUCAUAAAGCUGUCUAGCAGGAAAAAAAAUGUGCUUAGCAAGUUCUCCUGCUUCGUAAAAACUAGCAGGAAAUCAAUCACAAAGAAUAUACAUUACAUUGUAUUAGGGCUGGUAACCUGUUACUGCUAAGCAACAUUUUCCUGUGCUAAGCAACUUGUUAUGCUCUAUGAAAUUAGGUUCUGAUUGAGUCUUCUUUCCAAACAAUUGCAAUUUUCCCCCAAUAUCUGUCUAUUAGUAGCACAUCAUGAUGUUGGAUGUGGUAGCCUAACAUCAGCUUAUGUAUACAAAAGUUUGUUGAAAACAAUUAGUCAAGAACUGUCCUUUGGUGAAUUUGUUUUUAUCAGGGUAAUAGUCAAUUAAUGGUUUAUUUUGCUUUAUGAUGCUUCAAGACCAGAAAGCUCAUGACCGAAGUGUGUGGGUGUCUCCCUAAUCCUGUCAAAUAUAACAAAUAUCAACUCAAAAGCUGCCUCGGGCUGGAUUUUAAUGAGUGACCUUUGGGAAUUUUGAUUGGAUUUAAUUAUAGAGUUGCCCGAUAAACCUUGGUUUUCGAGACACUAUCACGAAAUGAGACAAUUAUAGACAUCGCGUGACAAUGGUCUUCGGGGAAGUUGUUCUCUUUGGGUAAACGUCAAGAUUUCCAGUUUCCAGCUCUUCAUUAUCUGCCCAAUUAGUGUCUCCUUUUGCUUGUUAACCUUUGUUUUAACCUCAGCUUCUUGUCGUUGCAAAGCCAAAUCUAAGCUACCAUUAAGGACAUUGUCAGCCUGCUAUGUACAACUUGUGAGUUGGGGUUUCCGUCUAUUGCAUAAUUGCGUGGGUUUUCACCAUUUGGGGUUUCCUCCCACAUGUGAAACUAAACAUUACUUUUUGUUUCCUGUGCUGUUGGGCGAUAAUAAGAUAAAUAAUUGCAACAAACUACAAACAUUGGUCAUUACUUUUGAUAAGAAAGUUUACCAAGAUUGUAUUACAAAACUGCGUUUUAGUGCGGAAUGGAAUGGCUCUGAGUCGUCAGUAAAAGUGAAAUGUCAAGAUUUCCAGUUUACUAGCUCCCCAUUAUCUUCCCAAUCAAUGUCUCUUUUUGCUAGUUAACCAUUGUUUUAACCUCGGCUUCUUGCCGUUGCAAAGCCACAUCUUACAUUGUAGCUACCAUCAAGAUCUAUUUUUGUGAAAUGGGGUUUCCGUCUACUGCAUGAUUGCGUGGGUUUUCCCCAUUUGGAGUUUCCUCCCACAUAUGAAACUAAACAUCACUUUUUGUUCCCUGUGUUGUUGGAUGUGUUAUGAGAUAAAUAUUUACAACAAACUGCAAACAUUGGUCUUUACUCUUUAUCAAGAUUUCAGUCAAAAGCUACAUUUUAGUUGGAGUGGAAUACCUCUUAGGCUGAUAAUAAAACUGAAAUGUGUUUUUAAAACCAGGGUCAAAUUUCAUAUCGCUGAAAAACAGAAAAAAUGUUUCACCACAAAACAUUUGUAUCUGGGAAACAUUUAAUGCAUGAAUCGUUUCUUAGAUAUAUCUGAGGGUUGAUGCCUGGUAGCGAAUGCUGAAGCCAGAAUGUGGUUAAAGGAACACAUUGUCUUCGACCAGUUGAAUUUGUCUUUGAAAAGCGUUUGUAGCCGUUUGCUAUAA